UGGCAACUGGAGGAGAAACCGGUUUUCUCUGAGGGGAAUUUCAUAUCUGACUAAACUAAAUUCAUCACGGUAGCGAAUAUAUACACACUAUAAAUUGAUCAAAUCCACGGGGUUUUACCUAUAAUACAUAUAUUUACGAACUGAGGAAUUCCCUAACGUUAGCUAGCCGUCCACACCACGUUAGCUAACCAUGGACGGAGACGGCGGUAGUUUGAUGGGGGAGGACGGGAGGACCGAGAGCCCAAACGAGGCUGCGCUUCUAGCGCUGAUGGAGAGCACAGGAUACAGCAUGGUACAGGAGAAUGGACAGAGGAAGUUCGGUGGCCCGCCUCCAGGUUGGGAUGGCCCUCCUCCCCCACGAGGGUGUGAGGUGUUUGUAGGUAAGAUCCCUAGGGACAUGUAUGAGGAUGAGUUGGUGCCAGUGUUUGAGAGAGCUGGGAGAAUCUAUGAGUUCAGACUGAUGAUGGAGUUUAGUGGAGAGAACCGGGGCUACGCUUUCGUCAUGUACACUACCAGAGAGGCAGCUCAGAGAUCCAUCCAUCUCCUAGACAACCAUGAGAUCAGACCAGGGAAGUUUAUAGGAGUGUGUGUCAGUCUGGACAACUGUAGAUUGUUCAUAGGGUCCAUACCCAAAGACAAGACGAAGGAGGAAAUACUAGUGGAGAUGAGGAAGGUAACAGAAGGAGUGGUAGAUGUCAUAGUUUACCCCAGCGCUACAGACAAGACUAAGAACAGAGGGUUUGCCUUCGUUGAGUACGACUCUCACAAAGCAGCUGCCAUGGCACGGAGGAAACUAAUACCAGGUACGUUUCAGCUGUGGGGCCACACUAUCCAGGUGGACUGGGCCGAACCAGAGAAGGAUGUUGACGAGGAGACCAUGCUACGUGUCAGAGUGCUCUACGUCAGAAACCUGAUGAUGACGACUACUGAAGAUACACUGAGACAGGAGUUCUCUAGAUUCAAACCUGGCACUGUGGAGAGAGUCAAGAAAUUGACAGACUAUGCGUUUGUCCACUACCACUCCCGUGAGGACGCGGUGACGGCUUUACACCUGAUGAACGGAGCGCUGAUCGACGGAGCCACCAUCGAGGUCACCCUCGCCAAGCCUGUCAGUAAAGAGGGCGGGCGACGGUUCGGUAACCGUGGUUAUGUCGGUAACAGUAACCUUGUGGGUCCCUACGGCGACGCGUCCUCCACCGGGAGUUUUCUCUUCCAGGGACGUGAGGAUGGAGGCAUGAUGGGAGGAGGAGGGAUGGAGGUAGGGACUCCUCUACGACCUCUCAGCCUGCCACCUCGCCUGGGGAGUCUCUACGUUGGAACAGGAACAGGGGAUGUGGAGAGGUGUGUGUAUCCCAUCUUCGCUGGCUCCAGUCUCUCCCCCGCCAGCCUGCUGUCACUCAAACCAGGUCAGUUUAGUUCAGCGGUAACUCUACUAGAGUACUACUGCCUAAAGAACAGCUGGGCACUACCUGAAUACUACCUCUACUCAACACCGGGACAAGAGGGGAAGCUAAUGCUCAUAUACAAGGUCGUGAUCUCGUCGACGAGAAGCAGCUUCAUGCCAGACAGGGUGUGUACGGUGUUGGAGGACGCUAAGGAGCUGGCAGCACAGAACGCACUCUGGAACUUGGACUGUUCCUUCCUCAACGGUAGCUCCCCCGGUUCGCUCUCUCCUCCUCUUCCUCCCGUCCCCUACGGUUCUCUCUCUCCUCCUCCUGUCUCCAACAGCCCCGGUCUCCUCUCAUACGGCUGUACCAGAGCCUUCCCCUACCCUCUUUCUCCCACCACCCCACAGAGACUCUAUAUCCCCCCUAACCAGAACCCUGCCUUCUUCUGAUCAUCCCUCCCAUCAUCACUCACUGUGGGAGAGGAGGGAACAGAGGGAAAGAGGAGGGAGGUGGAGGUGAACAACCUCCACUAUGUGCCUAGUUUGUUACUGAGGCAUUUUACCUUUGUGUUGGAUGUUUGGUUGGUUUAGUUUUUUGGGUUGUUUGGUUUUCAAAAGACGGCCAUUUUGUAAUUCAUAUGUUAAGUUGACUCAUGAAGGGCUGCAUUCAUUCUGCUCACAGUGUUACUCUAUGCAGCAGAGGUGCAUGCUAAGUGGGAUCCUUCGGACGUCUAACUCUGACGUCACCCCAUUUGAAGUUGACAUUUAAAAUGGUUACGGUAAGGGUUAAGAAGAGGGUUAAGGUAAGGGUUAAGAAGAGGGUUAUGGUUAAGAAGAGGGUUUUGGUUAAGGUAAGGGUUAAGAAGAGGGUUUUGGUUAAGGUAAGGGUAGGGUAGGGUUUAGGGUAGGGAUGUCCCAAGGGUCCCACAUAGCAUCUACCCAAACCCCAUAGGUAAGGUAAACAAGGGAAUUAUAGAUCAAACUGAAGAAAACUUCAUUUACUUUAGCACUUAUUUCAUAUCUUGGCAAUAAUGAUACUUGAAUAGUAUUGACUUUUGACCAUAUGUAUUUAUAAAACAUGAUUUAAAUAUUUUAGUGACUUUUUUCUGACUUACAUGUACUGUAUUUUAUUAUUUUUUGUAUUUUUUGUCAUCCACCUAUUAUGCUUUAUCGCAGUAUAUUUAGGUUCUACUGUAUCGUAUAAUGCUCAAAUAUUCAAAUAUCAAACAAUGUCAAAAUUCUGUCUUCUAUUUUGUUAUUCAAUUAAUUAUUUAUUUAUUAGCAGCUGGUGAUUUUGAACAAGGUGAAAUCAAGUGGGCAGAUCAUAUCUAAAUGGAUAAGCGAUGUGUAAAGACAAUCCAAAAUGGCUCCGCCGCAUAAUAUAUUUAUUGAGAUUUAAAUAUUGAAUAUUAUUAUUAUUAUUAACAUUAUAAAACAUAGCGAUCAUCAACAAGACAGCGUUGCCUCUCCUCCUAAAUAUUAACUUUUAUUUUUCUUUGUCUUUUUUUUUUUUUUUUUUAAUGUCAUUUAGAGUUUUUGUCAAAAAAGUCAUUUAAAAGAAUACUGUGGGAUUUUAGCAUCGAGGCGCUUUAUCUACUUCCCCACAGUCAGAUGAACCAUUUUUUAUGUCUCUGCGUCUAGUAUGAAGGACGCUAAGAGGUAGUUUCGCGAGCCAAUGCUAACUAGCGUGCUAGCAUAUACCCAUAGACUUCCAGUGGUUGCGCUAGUGCUAGUUAGCGACUUUCUCCAAACUGCAUGCAGAGACAUGAAAAUGGUAUCUACAGAGUUCAUCUGACUCUGAGGAAGUAGAUAAAUAAAGAAAUCCAGAAGUAUCCUUUUAAAUGAACAAUAGUGACAUGUACUGUACCGGUGAUACCGGUCCAUAUUGUCUCUCCAGUUGGUUUAGUUGAUCACCGGGAACACACACACACAACGGUAAAUAAAUUCAGGAAGUUGAAUAAUUUUUCUCCAGCAGUUGUUUUGUUUAUAUCGAUGUUGUUUACACUGGGUUGUUAUGGUUUCCUCCCAUGUUGUUCUCAUGAGGUGCUCAGUUUUUUGUUGUGUGCGUUCUAAAUGGAACCCUAUUCCCUAUAUAGUGCACUACUUUAGACCAGGGGCCCUAUUCCCUAUAU